CGAGCUGUCAGCCCAUGUGGCGUGGCCAGACAGAAUGUGAGAUUUAAAUUCAUCGGAGGAAAAAGAAUCACUGAUGCGCCGAAGGUAACCCUUCACACAGGGGAAACGAUAGAGGCAGCCUUUCCUCCCUACAGUUUAAGUUCGAGGAACACUACCGUGGACUAUCGAGCUAACGCAAAUAACGAGGCACUACAUACCAUUCAAGCGCCGACAUCUCACCAAGUGGCUCGAACUUGUGAUUUUGCAGAGACAUCACACCGUCGGUGAAACACAGUAACUCAGCAUGGAUGAGAUAGUCAUAGCAGGCAUAUCGGGACGUUUGCCUGAGUCCAACAAUCUGGAGGAAUUCUGGGAAAACCUUAUCAAUGGUGUGGACAUGGUGACAGAGGACAACCGGCGAUGGACACCAGGUCUGUAUGGUCUUCCAAAGAGAAAUGGUAAACUGAAAGACAUUAGCCACUUUGAUGCAGCUUUCUUUGGAGUGCACCCCAAACAGGCCAACACCAUGGACCCCCAGCUCCGUCUCAUGCUGGAGAUUGCCUAUGAAGCUAUUUUAGAUGGAGGACUGAACCCGACCACACUACGUGGCAGUAAAACCGGUGUUUACAUUGGGGUGAGUGGCUCGGAAGCUGGCGAGGCAUUCAGCAAAGAUCCAGAGGAGCUACUGGGCUACAGCAUGACUGGCUGUCAGCGUGCCAUGUUGGCCAACAGAUUAUCCUACUUUUUUGACUUCAGUGGCCCCAGCACUGCCAUCGAUACAGCCUGCUCCUCUAGCUUGCUGGCUUUAGAUAAUGCAUUCCAUGCUAUCCACCAGGGCCAGUGUGAUGCCGCUCUUGUGGGUGGAGUCAACUUGCUACUCAAGCCAAACACCUCAGUGCAGUUCAUGAAACUGGGCAUGCUCAGUCCUGAGGGGACCUGCAAAUCUUUUGACUCGUCAGGUAAUGGAUACUGCCGUUCUGAGGCGGCAGUGGUGGUGCUACUGACCAAGCGAUCAAUGGCUAAAAGGGUCUAUGCCACAGUGGUCAACACUGGCAACAACACAGAUGGAUAUAAAGAACAAGGUGUCACAUUUCCUUCAGGUGAAAUGCAGAAGAGACUGGUUCAUUCUCUCUACCAGGAGGCAAAUAUAACUCCUGAGCAGGUGGAGUAUGUGGAGGCCCACGGCACAGGAACAAAGGUUGGGGACCCACAGGAAGUGAAUGGCAUUGCUGGUGUAUUUUGCCAAUCAAAACGAGGCCCUCUGCUUAUUGGCUCCACCAAAUCCAACAUGGGUCAUCCAGAACCGGCGUCUGGUCUGGCUGCCCUUGCAAAGGUGUUGCUUUCUUUGGAACGAGGAGUCUGGGCUCCCAACCUGCAUUUCAACAGUCCCAACCCUGACAUUCCGGCCCUCAUCGAUGGUCAGAUUAAAGUUGUUGACCAGCCCAUACCUGUCCGAGGAGGCAUAAUAGGCAUUAACUCAUUUGGAUUUGGUGGUUCAAAUGUUCAUGUAAUUCUUCGUCCAAAUGAGAAACAUGCUGAUGCAACUGUACCACCAAGGAUUGUUCCCAGGGUGCUUAAUGCCUGUGGCCGUACAGAGGCUGCAGUGAAUACCAUUCUCCAGAAGGGGAAGGAACACGCUGCAGAUGACAGCUUCCUGUCUUUGCUGAAUGAGGUCUCAGGAGGUCCCUCUACUAGCAUGCCAUUCAGAGGAUACACUGUAAUUGGCUCUCAGAGUGAUGUAAUGGAAGUGCAGCAGGUGCAAGCCUCAGCCAGGCCUCUCUGGUAUAUCUGUGCAGGUAUGGGAACACAGUGGGCAGGUAUGGGCCGCAGUCUCAUGCAGCUGCAAGACUUUAGAGAGUCCAUUCUGCGGUCAGACGCAGCCCUGAAAGACACAGGCCUGGUCGUGUCUCGUUUGCUCAUGGAGGCUGACGAUACCACUUUUGAAGACACUAUUAAUGCCUUUGUUGGCCUCACUUCUAUACAGAUCGCUCUGAUUGACCUGCUCAAUAAGGUGGGUCUGCAGCCCGAUGGCAUCGUAGGACAUUCAGCAGGAGAGCUGGCCUGUGGCUAUGCUGACGGUUCCCUUGGCCACAGUGAGGCAAUCUUGGCUGCCUACUGGAGAGGCCGUUGUGUCAAGGAGGCCAAACUUCCUCCAGGAGGCAUGGCUGCAGUUGGGCUGACCUGGGAGGAAUGCAUGGCUAAGUGUCCUCAGGGAGUUGUCCCAGCCUGCCACAAUGCUGAGAGAACCAUCACCAUCUCUGGUCCUCAGGAAGCAAUCCGAAAAUUUGUGUCUGAACUGAAAGACCAGGGAGUGUUUGCAAGAGAAGUGCACACUGCUGGUGUCGCUUUCCAUUCCUACUUCAUGGCUGCCAUCGCUCCUAACCUGCUGGCUGCUCUAAAGAAGGUUAUCACGGAGCCACUACAGCGUUCACCCCGCUGGGUAAGCACCAGUAUCCCUCAGUCUGCGUGGGAUUCUCCUCUGGCUCUGUACAGCUCAGCUGAGUACUAUGUCAACAACCUGGUCAGCCCUGUGCUGUUUAAGGAGGGCCUGAGUCUGGUUCCCGAAAACGCUGUGGUGGUGGAGAUUGCACCUAAUGCUGUGCUACAGACCAUCCUGAAGCGCAGCCUGAAGCCUACGUGUUCCAUCUUUCCUUUGAUGAGGAUAGGAAUCCCCAACAACCUUGAGUUCUUCCUCUCAAACCUUGGCAAAAUCUACAUUAAUGGCAUCAAUGUGGAUGUUAACAAGCUCUGUCCAGCCGUGAUGUACCCUGUGCCAGUUGGUACCCCUUUGAUCUCUCCUUUGGUCCACUGGGACCAUGCCCAGACUUGGGAUGUCCCCAAGGUUGAGGAUUUUUCUUCUGGCUCCGGAGGAUCCAAUUCUGCCACCAUCUAUAAUAUUGAUGUAAACCCGGAGUCUACAAACAAUUACCUGAUUGGACAUUGCAUUGAUGGGCGUGUACUCUACCCAGCAACGGGCUACCUGGUUUUGGCCUGGCGCACUUUUGUGAGAAGUCUGGGUGCUGUCAUGGAAAGCACCCCAGUAAACUUUGAGGACAUCACCAUCCACAGAGCUACCAUCCUACCAAAGACAGGUUCUAUCGUGUUGGAGGUGCAUCUCAUGCCUGCCACCAACAGAUUUGAGGUUUCAGAGAAUGGAAAUCUGGCUGUUAGUGGGUGCUUCCUUCUCUCCCUCAUUGGCCGUAGCAGUUCACACAAGGAGGGGCUGCAGGACAGUGGUGAGAACAACACACGUGGGAUCCGGAAUUGA